CAACUUUAUUUUGUCCGAAGCGCCUACCGUAGUAGCAAAGAUGGCGGCGGCAAUAUUAUUUAGCCGUCCUGCUGGUGUCCUUUCGAAGAUUUCAAUCCCAACCGUUUCCUCCUUCACGACCUGGUGGAGUACAUUUACGCAGUGGCACACAGACCUUUUGUUGCCUACAGUAUGCCUCGCCCGCUCUACCACCUGGUGGCAAAGAUUUUUGCCAUGAACCCAUUUCAGCCUUGGACAACUCCAGACAAAGUGGACAGGUUUCACACAUCAGACAUGAAGUACCCGGGACUUCCUGGUCUGGAGGAUCUUGGGAUCACUGCUACCCCCAUAGAAGAGAAGGCGAUUGAGGUUCUGCGUCGCCACCGCCGAGCUCGUUACCUUGAUUUUGCACCGGAGGAGUCGAAGCCCCCCAGGACUGUCACCUACUAAACUUCACAUGGAGCAAUCACCCUAAGAUGUUUGUCUUUAAAUAUAGUCUGUAUAUAAAUAAAGAAAUAUCUUCAAA